AUGUCCAAGACUCGAGAUGGCAAUCACUAUGUGGUUGAUACCAAGACCCUCUCAACCGGGCUCUCGUCUUUGGGAGCACUAGCUGCCAAGUCAACCUCAUCCGACAGCCUUUUCCAGCAGUAUGAUGUGGUGGUCAUCGGUGCCGGCUACUGUGGCCUCGUUGCUGCACGUGACCUUUCUAUCACGGGCAAGAAGGUCCUUUUGAUCGAGGGCCGCGACCGCAUUGGAGGUCGAACUUUCACCUACGACUUCUUACAGCAUAAGGUCGAACUUGGUGGGACCUGGAUACACUGGGGUCAGCCAAAUCUUUGGUCCGAGAUAUCCCGUUAUGGUCUUGAGCAGUCCCUUGCCGAGAGCAAAGUAUUCAGCGAGCCUUGUGAAGUCUCAAUCAAUUUUAACGAUUCCGACAACUCACGACCGGUGCUACGCGAUGUACAAACCAUGAAAUCGACCAUGCAGCGCCUCAUUGCGGCAUAUUUUGAUGUCGAUGGCCAGGGCGGAAGAACGAUUUUCCCUCUACCAUAUGCUAAGAUGAGCAACAUUAGUGCGGUGAGAAAAUACGACAACCUCAGUGUUGGGGCUCGCCUACAGCAGCUUGUCGGUUUUACCCAGCAAGAAAUGACAUUGCUCACUGCAAAUCUCACAGCUUUUGGCUCUGUUCCGCCUGCUGAACAGUCCUUUCUCACGACUUUGCACUAUUAUGCCCUUGCCGGUUAUGACUAUGACCGACUCAUGAGUAUGAUUGGGAGGUACAAGCUCGCUGCUGGGCAAUCUGAUCUCGCCGCUAGAAUCCUGGGCGAGUAUACCGGCCAUGCCAUCUUCGGGAAGCGAGUGGAAGCAGUCAACAACCAUGGUGGAGUGGUUCAAGUGGCAUUGGCUUCUGGCGACAACAUCACCGCUCGACAACUGAUCUGUACUGUGCCCGUCAAUUGCCUAUCAGAUAUCAAGUUUACGCCACCAUUGCCCCCUCAGUUCACCAAGGUGAAGCAUCCUAACUUUGGUGGCAAGAUUAUUCUACACUUGGACAAAAGGAUUCCUUCGUGGUGGGGUCUUGUUGCGUCACCGACUCCCGUAGACAGUCUUCUCACAGACAAAUACUCAAAAAGGAAUGGCACGUUCGUGGUAGGGUUUCCUCCAGGUUGCAACCCAGCGUCAAAUUUCAGAGUAGUCCAAGAUCCUGAGACGUUUCUUGAUCAUGUACAGCGAUUGGGAGUUCCACCAUCAUGGGAAGCAAGACCUACAGACCUCAUUUGGCACGACUGGAAUACAGAUGAGUUUUCCAAGGGGCAGUGGGCCUCAUGGGGUACUGGACAGUUUGGGAGCCUGAAAAGCCUGAUGGAGGGUGCAAAUGUGAGCAAAGAAAUUACCUUGGCAAGCGCAGAUUGGGCCGAUGGUUGGACAGGUUUCAUCGACGGUGCUAUAGCACAGGGUAGAAAGUCCGCAUUGAGAGCACUCAGUAGACUUGAUUCAUAUAAACUGUAG